AACAUGCAUAUUUGUAUUUAUCUUACAUCAGUUUGAAUUACUCUGUAUGAAAACAUGAAGUUUUUUUUAGUUAAGAAAAAUAGUUAUGUAGUUUGGCUCCUAUAAGUGGACUUGUCAACACCUUGAAGUUAUAGGAAAUACUCCCCGAGCACCCUGUCAUAUACAGAAAAUUGUAGCCAAUUGUCUCCUUUUCAUUAAUCCAAAAUAUUUUUACAAUUUAUAACAAUAUCUUUGGUGACAGUGUAACACAAUUUUCUGACGAUUUGUUUCCAAUGUUACAUUAUUUUCUAAUUAAAAGCCUUGAUAACAUUAAUUUAUUAAUUGUCAAUGACUGAUAACUGAAUUGUGAUACAAAUGUUAAUUUGUUUGGUGAUGUGUUGCAGAGACAUUUGUUGACAGUAAAAAUUUAAAUUUAUUGAAAAGUAUUUUAGUGGAAUUUAUUUUUAAUGGUUGAAAAUUGAAUGUGAAAAAACAUAACCCUUCUUGCGAUCAGGUAAAAAGGCAGUAAACGUGAAGUGUAUUACUAUACUAAUUGUACUAUAGCAGAUGUAACUUGUGAUAUUUGUAGUCAGAAAUUGUUUUUAACAUCAUAGUGUAGUCAAAUAUUUAAGUCUGUACCAAGUAAAACUUUGUUUAUACAGUUGUGUGAAACACUUCAAGUUGUAAUGUAUUGAUUAUGACCAAGUGGCGGUGAAUUCGAAAAAAUAGAGCAUUAGAUUAUGAGAAUUGAUAAUGAUAAGAUAACAGCGUCGUAUCAAGUGCACAUCGUAUUGAGCAGCUCAAUUUAGUCAUGAAGUUGUUGUUUAUACGUUGAAACAAUGGAGGUGUCUCAGAAUCGACGCGCCCGAAGGGAGCGAAAUGAUAGAGUUGAAGAUCUUCACUUGGACCGUGUUGUGGCUUCGCACCCAGAAAUUGGACCCACCCCGCCUGAUGGAGGCUACGGCUGGAUGAUAGUGGUAUCAGCUUCAAUAUACCACAUGACAGUGCCCACAGUGUUAAUCUUGUACGGUCUAGUCAUUCUAAAGUCUAUAGGCGAGGAAGACCAUGAAAAGGGUGACAAAAGCAGGAUAUGGGACCAGGAUAUUGCGCUAGUGCCUGUUAUAAUGAUUAUAAUCAGACUUCUCCUCGAGUCAUGGUGCAGGGUUGUUGUGAAAGUGUUCAACAUGCCAAGGUUUACAGCGUUGGCUGGACUUUGUUUGACUGUGGCUGGAGUUUUACUUUCAAAUUAUUCCACAGUCGAAUAUAGUAACGAUCACAUAUUGAGCAUAUUUUCUGGAAUAUUCGCAGGGGCUGGGUCCGCUUUAACCGGCCAACAAACCGAUGUAAUCAUCACGCAUUACUUCAGAGAGAACCUCACCCUCGCUCAAAGGCUCGUACGAAUGGCUCCUUCUGUUGGCAACGCUUUGAUGUGCCUAAUAGUUGGCUACCUUUGCAGCACAUAUGAGAGUGACAUAGUCGUGAUGAUGUACGCAGCCAUAAUUAUGCAGAACUGCCUAUUCUUGGCAGCCUAUUCACGCCCAGUUUAUAUAGAAAAGGUUAUCAGAUCAACCUACAACAUGAUCCGAGCGGUCGAAGAUGACGACGAAGUAAUAUUUUCCAACCAAAACAGAACGCAACAAAGAAAUGUAACAAUCGAGGAACCCAAUACAGCAAAAUCUAUUUCACGAACUGUCGCUGAGAAUGUUGUUUCGACUCAAGACGAGGAAAACGAUGUCGUUGUAUUCAAAUCAAGAAAAGGUGCCAAGGAAAUUCUCGAUCCAGAGGUACAGCGGAGAGAAAACAGCACGCAAGCAAGAUUUUCAUCCGAUUUCACCAACUAUGACCGGCCCAAUCGUUUUUCAUCAGAUUUUAGCACAUUUGAUACACCUAACCGGUUCUCGUCCGACUUCGGGACACUGGAUGUAACAAGUUACAGUCGAAUAAGCGGGUACCAAGAGUUAACAAACAUUGAUAGAGAAGGACAAAAUCCUCAGCCGUUGUAUAGAGAAACUACAAUAAAUACUCCUUCGAACGGCUUAGCGUUUACAGCAGAAGUGACUCCGGGAACUGCGAGAAGAACAGCGUCCAUGAAAAAGAAUUUCAUAACAGUAAUGAAUAUGCUGAUGGAUUUAAAUUUCUAUUUGUAUACACUUUUGCAUCUGAGUACUACUUUCUCUAUACUAGUGCUCGGACUUUUGUUCCCAGCGACGCUGAGGGAACUGAACCCAACAAUGAAUAUUUGGUCUGUGGCAACAGCAACUUCCAUAGCCCACGCAUCAGCUCUUUGCUUCAUAAUGCUGUGCAUAGCUCUGCCAAAGAAUAUAAACGAGCAAGCGAAACUAUACGCUACAAUCUGUGUUUGUGGCGCGAUUGGAUUUUAUGGCAUAACCCUAUCAGUAAACAAAAACAUACUGGUAGUUUGGUGUAUGUUCGCGAGUUUCUCCACAGCGGCCUCUAGUGUGUUGCAGCAACCAUUAUACAACGCGCUCAAUGAGUUCGACACCACGGCCACAAUGACCACUGCCAACGUGAUCGUCGCCACCGUGGUCAUGGUGUGGUCGGUGGCGUACAAUUACGAGUACAAGACGUGCUUCUUCAUCGCCAGUCUAUUGCAGAGUGCCGCCGCUUGCGUGUUUUUGGCGGCAUCUUUCAAACGUCGGAGAUAGACUACCCGCAUAUUUCUAAUUUUGAAAUUUGAUUUUUUUUUAAUUUUUGUCGGGAAAUAAGUUCGGACUUCGAUUGUAUUAAAAGUUUAAUCAUAGAUGGAGAAUUAAUUGUCUAGUAAAAGUGUCAAGUAGCGAGCACUUAAUAAGAACUUAAAACGUGUCGUUGGUACUUGGUAAUAGGUAUACAACAUACCUACCGCUUGCAUAAUUAUUGUUAUUUUUUAUAUAUUUAACAAUCCAAAUUGAUAAUGAAAUAAAAUUAUUCUUUAGCAACCAUUGACCUCUUAUAUUAAAAGGACGCACAAUCAUGUAGAAAAUUCCACUUAAAAACUGACCAAUUUUGCUUUGACUAUUUUAGAAUUAUUGGUAAAGAAAAUUAUAUCUAAAGGCCUUUAAAUAUAGUCCAAUAUUCAAUAAAAUUCCAAAUUCAGAGCAAAUUCAACCUUAAGGUUUUGAUUGAGUUGAAUUUGCAAAUGCCAAUACUUGAAUUGAGUGCCAAGAAGUUGUGGUUGGCACUCAUUGAGUGGGACGUUUUUUGGUCACUGAUUGUGCAUCCACUUUUUAAUAGUAGAUCGAUGUUUGCAACACCAAAAAUAAAAUAAAUGAAAAAAAGUAUACAAUGAAGAAACUGUGCAAAAAAUGCACAGUAAAUAGCUUGACUGCACAUCAAAUACAAGUGCAUUCUAAGGAGUAUGUAAGGUAAAAAUAUUUUCUAGAAGGAUUAUUAUUUAGUAGUUUUUAUGAUAAAAAUUUUACCAUUUUUAACCAAAGGAUACAAGUAGGUUGUGCCAAGUUUAAUAGAAAAUGUAUUUUUUAUUUACUAAUUAAGUAAAAUUUAUUUACACAAGUUAUUAAAUUAGAUAAAUUACUUAGUAAGCUUAUAGAAUUAAUAAAUUAAUUUUAAGCACAAUAAAUAUUGACUGUUAUGACAUUCCACAUAUAU